AUGGCAGCAUUCUCCUUUGCGAAACCGGCCAGUCAUCGACAAGCCUUUGCUUUACGAAAACCGCCCAAAUAUCCGCCGGUCAUCUCUACACCUAUCGCGGACUUACUGCCUUUAAAUCUUCAGAGACAACCACGAGAUGAGCCCGAUAAGAUGAGCUUGAUACCAACAAGGCUAGUCCAGGUCCCAUCUCAGAUCGAGUCUGAGCCUCGCUACCUCGAGGCCAGCAGUCCGGUCCAUAACUUGCGCGACUCAGAAGACGCAGACUGCUCGCAAAUUUUAGGACCUGGUCAGAAAGAGUUCUUUCAUGUUAGGAUCGAGGAUGUGAGCACCCAACCAAAGGCUAGGUCGGAUGGGCCCAGUCAGCAGGUCACCGCAUUUGCUGUUUCAAAAGGCGGCAAAGCCCACAAAGACCAUCCUAGUGAUAACAUGGAGCUUGUAGAAAAUGAUCUAUACCAAAUCUCGUUCCAGUCAGGACAGGGCCAGGAAGAAAGUGCGGAUUCAGUUGCCCCGAUAUGUCCUUCAAAUGUCAAUCAAGUUCUACGAAUGCACGAUUACUCGAGCUCGAAAAUUCCAAGUGAGAUUCGAAAAGGAAAGCUCACUCGAAGACAAAGGUCAAUUUCAAUCAAUAAAGCGGAUCCACAGCAACUCAAUGAAGACAAUCUUUUCCAGUUGCUCAUCGGAAAGAUGAAACAGCGUGAAGAGAGCGAAGUCGUUGCAACCCACAUGUGUCGCCAAAUAGAGACCAAGAAUGUCCUGUUGAAGGACGAAAAUGAUGACCUACGACGGAACAUUCAUGUUUUCCACCUGAGUCUUCAAAAAAGUGCUGAAGAAUUGAAUGCGCAGCGCUCUCUCCUUGGCGAAUGGAAAUCGAAGAUACGAAAUUUCAAACAAGUUGUCAACGAGUUGGGACAUGGAUACGAUGCUCUUCGUGACCAAGCAGACCAACACCGAGAGAAUGCCAUGCUUUUGGACAAGGAAAGGGGUGACCUCACUAAGGCUAUUGAACUGACCAAACUUCGCAUUUCGCAGGCUGAAGGAUUGAUUGACACGCAGCAGCAGAAGAUAGCCGAAAGUGACAAAACCAUUGCACUUCUGGAGCAAUCCUUGUCUAGCUCACGAGAAGGAGAAGAGAGCGCAAAAUCCCAGCUGUCAGAACAGAAGAUGAGGGUAGUGACAUUGGAAACAUUCAUUCAGAACUACGCUCUGUCCCACACGAAAAAGCUAGACAUGAUGAAGGAGGGUCAGAAAGGUCUAAUUGAAAGCAUUACAACUGGCUUGAAUGCAGUGAGUCGUGAUUCCACCAAUCACAAAGAUGCCGUUCUUUUGGCUAUCCGAGAUGCAUUCGAAGAUUUCCGUUCCUCAAUACUAUCUUUGAAUACGAAGCUCUCAGAGGAACAGGAAGAUGCUACAAAGUUCACGCUCAAAGCUCAGGAGGUGAUCUCUCGAAUUGGCGUCCUAUCAUCACAGUUUUCCGAUAACGUCGACAGUGGAAUCGAAAUCCAUAAUGAGGUAGCUAAAACUCUGCAAAAAAAGUUUGACGAGUUUGAAUGUCACCUUGGCCCUUCAUCCCCGGUGAUCAAGUGUCUUGCCCAGUGUGAUAAUACAUGCGCGGCUCUUGAGUCGAAGCUUGGGACCAUUAAGCCGACAUUAAACGCGCUUGAGACUUCUGCCAAAGCCCUGACAGUGACGGAAAAUGCUCUUGCGCAGGAUCUCGCGUCUUUCGGCAAGAAGCUCGCAGAUGCCCAGCUUUCAACGAGCAAUCCAAGUCUCGAGGCGGACCUAGCGAGCAAGUUUGCAGAAAACACCCUGCUACAGGCUCAACUUCAUGAUGUAGGGUCGAAAAUCGAUAUUCUCCAGCAAACCGUGUAUGAAAAAGAGAUUUUGAUUAUAGAUACACAAGAGGCUUUGGUGGAAAUCACUUCAAAGCAGGAAAGGGCGGAAUGUGAAAACAAACAGCUGGAAACAGAAAAGGCCGCUUUGCGACUGCAGCUCGAAGACACGGAGCAAAGAAUCCGACAUGAAUUGAGCAAACAGAAUACCGAUUUGAUGGAUAAGAUGAGAGCUGAUCAUCAAGCCGAGAUUGAUGGGUUUCAAAAGGAAAAGGACGAGGUGGAAGAAAUGUCUGGAAAGCUAACGAUUCAACUUGGUGGCAUUCAAAACUCCUUGAUUGAUGCGAAAAGGCUCGUUGAUGAACAAGGAAGAGACCGUCAAGCUUUGCUCCAGGAGACAGAGCAGCAGAUACAAGACCUUGAGAGAUCCGAAGCAGAGUCCAAGGUUCAGCUCGAAGCUCAGCGCACGGAAAUAGAAAAAUUCCAGCAACUGGAUGCCACUUCUCGUGUGGAAAAUAGUGACCUGCGUGAUCGACUAGAACAAGCCCAACAAAAGAUUCAUGAUCUUGAACACCAGCUAGCCUCCCCAACCCAAGCGGAAGAAAUCAAGACUCCACGACAGCCUAACAUAGUGUCUUUUGCAACAAUCGAAAGUCAGCUUUUGGAGCAACAUACCACUUCACAAUAUGGUGAAUCUUGCGACUUUGCCAUGCUCUUCAUGUCCGAUGACCAAUCCCCUCCAACACCAACAAAGGAAACGACAUUCCAUUACCCCAAGAAUCCUGACAAUACCAGUGAGCUUCAAAGGCCCGCAGAGGUAAACAAAGAAAUUCCCUUGAUUGGCUCUGGGAAGUUGAAUUCAUCUCCAAACAAGAAGCGCAAGGGAGUUGUAUUCGAUCCUCCACAGCUCACAAACAAAGAAAAGGAAUCCAUGAAGGCGCAGCCAGUUGCCAGUGAACCGGAGAAGGAGCCAGUAGAACACCCAAACAAAGUAUCCAAACACAUUCACAAGUGGACUUAUAGUCGUGUCCGCAAUCUACCUAUAGAGACACAACAGGAGCAGACCAGAGCACCAGCUCACGCCGCCAAGGCUGAUCGACUAAGUACUCCCAAGGGCCUUGUUUCCGCAAGCAGCGCGCCAGAAGCUCCACGGCCCAAGACUCGGAAUCGUGGCCGCCGCAGAGGUCGAAGUGAACAAUACGAUGCGCGAUUCCUGGAAGACCAAGGAUCUUCAUCGAAGUGCAACCCGAAAUGA